GGAUGCAGGCGGCCGCUCGUGCGUGGACUCGCUACCAGGGACGAUGAGCGGCGCGCCGCGAGACCCCUUCUACUCCUCACCGUUCGGUCCGUUCUACCGGAGGCACGAGGCGAGCGGAGCCGCGCAGCCGCAGUACCGCGUCCACGAGCUCAACAAGCGGCUUCAGAACCUGAGCGAGGACUGUGAUAUGCGGUGGUGGGAUUCGUUCUGCACCGAGUUCUUCGAGGAGGACGCCACACUCACACUCUCCUUCUGUCUGGAGGAUGGACCAAAGACUUACACGAUCGGCCGGGCUCUGAUCCCCCGGUUCUUCAGCACCCUGUUUGAGGGGGGGGUUCACGAGCUGUUCUUCGUGCUCAAGCACACAAAGGAAUCGUUUAACAGCUCCAGCAUCGCUGUGGACUGUCAGCAGUGUAGCAUGAUAACACAGCACGGCAGGCCCACGUACGCCAAGGUGUGUACCGAGGGCCGCCUCUACCUGGUCUUCACCUUCGACGACCUGAUGAGAAUCAAGACGUGGGACUUCAGCGUUUUGCACUACGACGAGCUCGUCCCUCGCACCAUGCUGGCGGUUCACGCACAAGACCCCGGAGCUCUGGAGCAACUGUCCAAAAACAUCAGCAGAGUCGGUCUGACCAACCUCACACUCAACUACCUCAGACUGUGUAUGAUUCUGGAGCCGAUGCAGGAGCUGAUGUCCAGACACAAAACGUACGGCCUGAGUCCGCGGGACUGUCUGAAGAGCUGCCUGUUCCACCAGUGGCAAAGAAUCACCACACCGCCGGUCGGACCGUCGGCCAACUUUAAGGCGGAAGUUUUUCAGACGAACUCCAAAAAACCGGAAACCGCCAAACCGCCCGCCAAGAGGAGACGGCGGCGUAAUUCGGCCGGCAGCGCCUCCAACGGCGGCUCGGGAAACGGCAAGAAGCGCGGCCAGGCUAACAGCUUAAGCUUACCUGCACAGGAUGUGAUGGUGGUGGGCGAGCCCUCCCCGAUGGGGGCCGGGUCGGGAGACGUGGACGAGCGGCCCAUCGCCAGGCUGGAGAACGCGCGGUGCCACGCCGCCGGCGCUCUCCCGGACGACGAUCGCUAUGACUACGGCAACGGCGAGCGCUCGGCGUGACGAACCGCGGGGCGACUGAAGGAGUCCGGCUUCUGGAUAUGUGUGUGUGCUAUGAUAUGAUACAAAACUUAUGAUGUCAUACAAUACGGAUGAGCCAAAACAUUACGACCACCUGCGUUAAAACGGUGAGGGAUCCGUUCAAUCCGGGCAUAAAGACCUGAUGGCCUCGGCACGGAGGUUCUGUGGUCGAAUACUGACCAGCAGGAGAUCUACCGCGACUUACGACGUUUCUGACGACAUAUUAAACGACGUUUCUGACGACAUAUUAAACAAAAUUUCUGACGACAUAUUAAACUGCGUUUCUGACGACAUAUUAAAUGAUGUUUCUGACGACAUAUUAAACGACGUUUCUGACGACAUAUUAAACGACGUUUCUGACUACAUAUUAAAUGACGUUUCUGACGAUAUAUUAAACGACGUUUCUGACGACAUUAAACGACGUUUCUGACGACAUAUUAAAUUACGUUUCUGACACAUAUUAAACGACGUUUCUGACGACAUAUUAAACGACGUUUCUGACUACAUAUUAAAUGACGUUUCUGACACAUAUUAAACGACGUUUCUGACGACAUUAAACGACGUUUCUGACGACAUUAAACGAAGUUUCUGACGACAUAUUAAAUGACGUUUCUGACGACAUAUUAAACGACGUUUCUGACGACAUUAAACGACGUUUCUGACGACAUUAAACGACGUUUCUGACUACAUAUUAAAUGACGUUUCUGACGACAUAUUAAAUGACGUUUCUGACGACAUUAAACAACGUUUCUGAUGACAUUAAACGACGUUUCUGACGACAUUAAACGAUGUUUCUGACGACAUAUUAAACGUUUCUGGUGACAUUAAACGACGUUUCUGACGACAUAUUAAACGUUUCUGACGACAUAUUAAACAACGUUUCUGACGACAUUAAACGAUGUUUCUGACGACAUAUUAAACGUUUCUGACGACAUAUUAAACGACGUUUCUGGUGACAUAUUAAACGACGUUUCUGACGACAUAUUAAACGUUUCUGACGACAUAUUAAACGACGUUUCUGGCAACAUUAAAAGUUUCUGACGACAUUAAACAACGUUUCUGACGACAUAUUAAACGACGUUUCUGACGACAUAUUAAACGACGUUUCUGACGACAUUAAACGACGUUUCUGAUGACAUAUUAAACGAAGCUUCUUGAUGUUUUGGCUCAUCGGUGUGUCUGAAAUGGUUACUAUAGCUUUAGUUUCAUUAAUCAGAAGCAGAAAUCAGUACGGAUCAUCGCGGCUUUAUAAAUAAAUCGCACUAUAAACGCUUUCAUACCGAAUUUUUAAGCUUCUUGGUGAGUGUUGUGACGUAAAGUAGCUUCAGCUUUGUGUUUAUUUCCUUGUAAUUGUGGAUUUUUAUGUGUGGUUAUAAAAAUAAUCGGAUUCUUUGAUAUCCCGUUGUUCAGUGCCUAAUCUAAUUAAAAAAAUCAAUAAAUAAAGUCUCCGGUUUUCGGUCUGUAGUCGCUCUUUCUUCCCCAGGUUGAGGGUUCCACGGGUGUCCAGGGUUUCCAGGGGUUCCCGAUGACCCCCCCCCCUUUCUCUCUCAUGACUGGUGCAAUUUUGACCUCUGCACAGAGACGGAAAAGAGUGCGUCUCUCCGUACACAGUGCUGAUCCGCACUGCACUCGUCAAAGUGUAAUAAGGGUGAUAAGAUGCAUACGGCUUCGUUCUCCUCGAUCAGAGCGGGGAUCGGCAUUGGUGGAGAGGAAGCGUGGACGAGUUAAAGUGGAGUAAAAUGCGUAAACAAAAUAUAUAACAAAGUGGUUCAUGCUUUACCGUCCCAACUUUUUUGGAAUGUUUUGGAUGAAUAUAAACAAACGAAAGAA